UCAUAUUUUGAUUUAUAUCUUAUUUAAUUUGGAAAUAAUGGCAGCAUCACUUGGAAAUCUUGCAAGACAUACCCAGCGAUUUUGUGCAACUCCGAGCAUAGCUCGUUGUAUACAUGGAAGCAAUAAUCUUCAGCGCCAUCAUGAGGGAAAAGUUAAAGUUACUAUGGUACCUGGGGACGGUAUUGGACCAGAAUUAAUGAUCGCAGUAAAGGAAGUUUUUAAAGCAGCUGCAAUUCCGGUAGAAUUUGAGGAGUUUUGGGUCAGUGAAAUUAUGGACCGAGCUUCUGAAGAUACAAUACAGCAGGUUACAAAAUCUGUUUUGAGAAAUGGAGUCGCUUUAUUAGGCGAUAUUUCUUCUAGAUUGAGUGCCAUGGGUGGAGAACUGGCGUCAACGAAAUUCAUUCUUCGCCAGCGUCUUGACUUGUAUGCAAAUGUGGUUCGAGCGAAGAGUUUCGAAGGUUACAAGACCCGGCAUAACAAUAUGGAUCUAGUGAUUAUUCGUGAGCAAACGGAGGGAGAGUACAGCGCUCUUGAACAUGAAAGUGUCCCAGGAGUCAUUGAAUCGAUGAAAAUAAUUACACGAGAAAAAUCAAAACGUAUUGCAAGAUUUGCUUUCGAUUACGCAACAAAACAUGACCGGAAAAAGGUAACCGCAGUACAUAAAGCAAAUAUUAUGAAAUUAGGCGAUGGAAUGUUUCUGGAAUCCUGUCGUGAAGUCUCGAAAUUAUAUCCCAAAAUUACUUUUGAAGCGAUGAUUGUUGAUAAUACAUGUAUGCAGCUUGUGUCAAAUCCUAACCAAUUUGAUGUUAUGGUUAUGCCUAACCUUUAUGGUAAUAUUAUUGAUAAUUUGGCUGCUGGUUUGGUGGGCGGGGCAGGGGUUGUCCCAGGUGAAAGUUACAGUCAAAAAUGUGCAGUUUUUGAAACAGGUGCAAGACAUCCUUUUGCUCAAGCUGUUGGUCGUAAUAUUGCUAACCCAACUGCAAUGCUUUUGUCAUCUGCAAAUCUACUUGAGCACUUACAUCUCGGAAACUACGCAAAACAAGUUUCUAACGCUGUCGCAGAUGUUGUCAACAAAGGGAAAGCGAGAACCGCUGAUCUUGGUGGAUAUGCCACAACCACAGAUUUCACUCACGCUGUGAUAAACCAAAUACACAAAGGAUGAAGAUUCGCAAGCGUACACCAUACAGCACUUUCACUUAUUUUGUUUUCUGUGUGCUUUUUUUCUGAUUUCUUUCGUAAUGCUCAGGACUGAAAAACCUUUAUUCUAUUCUACCCUGUUAAUUUGGUUUAAAAUCACUGUAGUUAAAUUAUGAAGAAAGGAAAUGGAAUACUGGAAUUUUUCACGCCGUGGUUUAUCAUGAUUUUGCAAACAUAGUGUUGGCCAAUAGGGGACAGUUAGUAAUUAAGUUAAUAAUUAAGUUGAUAAUUAAAUACCGUAAUUCCUGUUAGACUGUUACCCUCUGUUAGCCAACCCUGAAUUACUGAUUUAUAUUGUAUGGAUAAUUGAAAAACAGCUCAUGAUAGUUUACCCAUACAUACCUGUUCUAUUGCUUAAAUGUUUUGUUAUCCAAGAGUAUUCACUAUUUCAAUUUAUGUUUUUUUGAAAAGUUUGUGCCAGCUUUUUCUGUUUACUGCUUUAUUUCGGUACCAUUAUUUUUUCAUUUUCGUACCUGGAGCUUCUUUACUCUGGCAGCAUAUUAUUUUGUUAUUAUAUUGUUAAUAAUGCCCAGCUUACGCUUGUAAGAAUAGACCAACAUUGAUCUUUUGCACCAGGCUAUAGAAUUAUAAGCAUUUUAAGUACCAAGGGUUCCAGGUAAGAAAGUUCAAAUGAUGAAAUUAAAAAAAAAAAAUAACGGCAUUCGGCAAUUUCGCAAAAAAUACUGCUAUUUAAGCUGACAUUCAAAAUUGUUUUCCAUGUUUUGAAUUUUGGCCAAAUAGUAUUGAUAGAUACGAAUUCUUUCCCAAGUUGCAAUUUGCAUGAGAAUUGGCCACAUUGUGACGAAGUGGUUUUGCUAAGAUAAUCAAUAACACUUUUAAAGCCAAGUUUAGCAUAAAAAUUUCCACAGACUAAUUAUUUUUCUGUGUUGCUAUUCUACACAGCUUCGAGUUUUGCUUUCUAUGUAAUAGAUAAUUAAUCAUGUUAGUUUUCUUUUCGUACCUGGAGCUUCUUUACUCUAGCAGCAUAUUAUUUUGUUAUUAUAUUGUUAAUAAUGCCCAGCUUACGCUUUUUUUACAUUAAGUAUAGACCAACUUAGAUCUUUUGUGGCAGGAUUAUAAGCAAUUUAGUACCAAGGGUUCCAGGUAAGAAAGUUCAAAUGAUGAAAUUUUAAAAAAGAGGCAUUUGAAAAUUUUGCAAAAAAAUACUGCCAUUUAAGCUGACAUUCAAAAUUGUUUUCCAUGUUUCGUGACGAUGUGGUUUUGCUAAGAUAAUCAAUAACACUCUUAAAGACAAGUUUAGCAUAAGAAUUUCCACAGACUAAUUAUUUUUCUGUGUUGCUAUUCUAUACAGCUUCGAGUUUUGCUUUCUAUGUAAUAGAUAAUUAAUCAUGUUAGUUUUCUUUCAAUAAUAUUUUAUUUCACACAAAGUUCAUCCAUGUGAAACUGUAGGCAAUGGUUUUCACACGGCGGCCCCUUUUUAAAAUUAGUCAAGUCUUGCGCCCUACCUCAAAAAUAACUAGCUAACAAUAUGCUACAAAUAACAGAUAGUAAAGCGAAAGUAUGUUUUAUACAAAAAACACAUUGAAAAUAUGUGAAUGGAUAGAAAUAUCCAAAAUAAAGGAAUGUGAAUAUCCUGAAUAAGGCGGGUAAAAUCUAACAAAUAUUUUCAUUUUUAAUUAGCUCGACACCCAUCAAAAAAUUGUCUAAAAAUUGUCUUUAUCAAAGUUGAAUUAAAUUUGGGAUAAUCUUACUUAAAUGUAUUGAAUGGUAUUAAUUUUUUCAACUCAAGUUUUUUUUUUAAAUUUCCACAGAUUUGCUGUUUUUCCAGUAUUGCUGUAAUGCAAGGCUCAAGUAAUGAAAAUAAUCAUUAAAUUUCUUUCAAUGUUUCAUUUUAUUCUUCAUUUUACACAAAGUUCAUCUAAGGGAAACUGUAAACAAAUAACUAGCUCAAUUUCAAAUCAUCCUGGAUUCAUCUUGCUACCUUUUUCAUUCAUGUUUUUGUAUUCCUAUUUAUUAAUGCAGAUAGAAGUUCAAAUGUUAAUUUAUGAGUGCUAUUCUAUAUAUGAAAAUCACUACCAAUUAGGUUCCCUUUUCAAAGUUGAUUCAAAUUUGGGAGCAUCUCACUUAAAUGUACUGAAUGGUACUAAAUUAUUCUGAAAUUUCCCCAGAUUUGCCGUUUUCCAAAUUGCUCUUAUUAUGUUCAGCUUUGAGUAAUGCAUUGUCUUCAAAUUUCUUUCAAUGUUUCAUUAUAUUUUUUAUUUCACACAAAGUUCAUCUAUAUGAAACUGUAAGCAAAAGACUAGCUCCUCCAACUUUUAUUUUUCAUGUUUUUGUAAUCAUAUUUAUUAAUGCAGACAGAAUUUCGAAUGCUAAUUUACGAGUGCUGUUCUAUUUAAUGAUAAUCACUUUCUUUUUCAAUGUUCCACUGCUUUUUUUUGUGCUAUCUUUUUUUUUUCAAAUUUGCAGCUUACCACUUAUACUGUAAUUUAAACUUCUUUUCUCUCUGUGCCUGUUAUUGCAGA